UCUAAUGCGCACGCUGUAUGUGUAGCGGUCUAGGUGGAAAUCAUCAUUUGAAUGAUACUAACUAGCGAAGUUACAAAAACAGGUCUGAAGUCGCCCUGUUCGCGCUGAGAGACCCACAAGCCCUUGGCCAGCAUAUUUAUGACAGUGAUAUGUGAUAUGGAUUAUACUCAUCUGCGUUAGCUAUGCCUGUCGUGUGAGUGUAAUUGACACAUCGGUUGGCGCAUCCUCGCUGGCGGGACGCUGCUUUGCGGCGUGCGGAGAUGCGAAUGGAGCUCCUGGCGUGUGCGCGCUCAAAAGCUGCAGCAGCGGCGACCGGUGCCAGCGGGCCACGCCGCGCACCACGCCUGAGCAGUCGCUCCCCAGCAAGCCCGCUUACGCUGGCACUGCUAGCCCUCUUAACCCUUGCUAGCGGGGUAUCCGCAGGCACAAGCCUGCUCCCAGGUCCCCAUACAGACAACAUACGCGUCAGAACGCAAGCCGCCGCCUCGGGCAACCUGGACCCCAGCAACCCUGGCAGCGGCGCAAGCCGCUCACUCCAAGCUGCAAAGCGGGGCAAGGCCAGCGGCCGCAAGCCCACCCCGCACUCGCGCUACGUUAGCGUGGGGCAGGUGCGGCCAUUCACAGGUGAUGUCGCGCCCGCGCCCGCGCUGGCGCUGGCGCUGCAGGCGCGCAGCGUCCAGCGCGAGGUGAUCCUGAUCACCGACACGCGGCCGCGCUCGGCGCUACAGCUUGCCGACAACCUGCUACAGCUGGGCUUCGCGCACACGCUAUGGCUGACGUCGGGGCACGCGGUGUGCGCCGCCGCGGAGCGGCUGCGCGCAGACCGGGAGGCGCUGCGGGCCGCCCGCGGCGGCGGCGGCGGCGGCGGCGGCAGUAGCAGCGGAGGAAACGGUGGCGGCAGUAGCAGUGGUAUGGAUAGUGAGUAUGCCGCCAAGGACGGGGAAGACGGGGCAGGAGGAAAAGGGGGAGGAGCGGCUGCGGCGGCGGAUGCAGAUGACCCAUGGACCCGAACUGCCGCGGCGGCGGCGCGGCGGCGGUGGCGGCGCGGCCUGGCCGCAGCUGCAGGCUCGUCAACCGCCGCCGCUACGGGGCUGCUGCCGCCGCUCAAUAACUCUGCCCUGCUGCUGCGGAUGGUGGAAGCGGCGGCGCUGGAAGACGGCUCGCGGGCGCCGUUCGCGGCGCCGCCGCCGGCCGCCGCCGGCGCGAGCGACGCGCUGGCGUGCGCCUGGUACGCGCAGCCCUUCCCCGCGGGUUUCACGGGGCACCGGCGGCUGAUGAUGAAGCGUGUCAUGCUCAUGGCACGUGCCGUACGGUUGGGUUAUAACGUGCUGAGCCUCGACACGGACGUGGUGGUGCUGCGGGACCCCUACCCGCACCUCAAGGCCCCGCCGUACGGCGACAUGCACAUGGUGGUGGGGAAGAGCGUGCGUGGCGGCGGCGUGGUGAACACGGGCGUCAUGUAUGUGCAGAACGCCUCCCGCCACGGCCCCAUCUCUUGGCUGCUGGCCGAGGUGGUUGACCGCAACCUGAGGUGGGUGGAGCACAACGUGUCCAUGCCGCACAUGGCGGCGGCGGCGGCAGCAGCGGCGGCGGCGGGCUCGGCAACGGCGGCUGUAGCAGGUGGCGGCAGCGGCGGCGGUGCAGGAGGAGGUGGCGGCGGCGGCGGCGGCGCGCGGCUGAUGCCGCACCAGGCCGACAGCCGCGGCUGCUGGGACCAGUUCCUGUUUGGGGACGUGGUGCUCACCGGCAUGACGGGCAAGCUGGUGUUGCUGUAUUGCGCGCGGCCCAACACCCGCCCUAGUGGCGGCGCCAAGGGUGGCGCCAUGGGCGCACUGGCCGGCCUGGCCGCACGCCGCGGCGGCGGCGGCGCCUCCUCGGAUGAAUUGUCGGGCAACAGCUGGGCGGACAAACACCGGACAGCGAUGGGGCUUGGCGACAAGGCUGGCCCCACUGAUUUAAUGAUGCACGAGGUCACGCAGGUGGAGGAGCAGGCGCACGUGGCGCUGGUGGCGGCGCGCUCGUACACCACCACGUGGGUGAACAUCUCCAUCCCCCGCGCCGCCACCCCGCUACUGCCGACGGAGCCCGGCUACAGCCUGCCGGGCCUCAAGAACGGCUUCAGUGCCGACGCCUUUCAGAAGCAGCUGGCGGCGGAUUCCAAACACCUGGAGUUGAAACGUCGGCGGCAGCAGCGGCGGAGGGUGCUGCUGCUGCAGGAGCAGGAGCAGCUGCAGAGCGACGAGGAGUGGGAGGGGCAAGAGGAGGGGCUGCGGAGGGGAGCGUUUGCGGAGGAGGAGGGAGAGGAGGAAGUUGACAGCGCCGACGAGGCCGGGUGGGGGCAGAGGCAGAGGCGGCAGCUGCUGCAGUCGGAGGCGGCGGAGGGGGCGGUGUCGUUGCCGCAUGAGCGGCGGGCGAUGGAGCGGUUGGCUUAUGCGGCGGACUGGCUCAUUGGCGGCUGGCCGCAGCGGGGGGCGCUGGGGCUGUGGGACCCGCUGCUCACCAGCGGCAAGCAGCGACAGGUGUUUGCGCACCUGGUCCGGGCGCCUGGACCCACAAGCGUGGGCAAGGACGCAGUGCGCAUGCAGUACGGCGAGUACGACUGGGAGCUUGCGGCUCUGGCGGGCGGCGGCCCCUUUCCCUUCCUGGGCUCGCCCGACCCCUCCGAGGCCCCGCGUGUGGUGGCGCUGCUGCCCGAGGUAGACACCGCCUGCGACAGCCACACCGCCUGGACCAACACCGCGAGAGGACUGGUGCAGGUGGCGCUGCUGACGGGCCGCCGGGUGGUGUGGCCGUCCGUCCCCUGCGCCGACAGCGGACCCUGGGUCAGCCCCAACCCGGGCUCGCGGCGCUCACUGCCGCUCAACGUGAACCUCAAGUUCUUGGCGCACGGGGCCAGCUUCGGAACCAAGGACGGCAGGGCUGGCAGCGGGCUGCAGUGCACGCCCGCCUCCAUCUUCCACCAAAAGUGCCUGUACGAACGACACGUGGUCAUCCGCAAUGACAGCGCCGCAGCCGUACUCAACGGUGCCGGCGCUGCGGCCGCCGCCGUUGGCGGCGCCGCCGUCGAUAGCGACGCCGACGUUGGGGCUGAGUACAGUGUGCGUGUGGAGGGGCCGCGCGGGCUGCUGCCGGCUGAGUUUGAGGUGUACCGGCGGCUGCUGCCGGAGAGGGAGGGCGAGCCGGGGCCGCACAACACAGUGCACUUGCAGGGCGAUGACGGCGAGUACGAGGACGGCGAGAAACCCAUCAUGUUCGACGAGCCGCCCCGUUUCGAGGGUGUGGUUUACGUCAAGGCGCCGGUGGUUGCCAAGGCGCUGCGGGAGGGCCCGCUGGCGGCCCAGCGUGUGCUGUACCUGGCGCAGCGCACCUUCCUCACCCAGCUGGACAAGCUGGGCGAGCCGGCGCUGGUGACCGCGUACCGCACCUUCCGCAACGAGUGCCCCGCGCUCAAGUGAUGAGCGACGGUGCAAGGCGGGAGCUAGAGUGACGAGGUGUUGAGUUGGUGUCAGGUACUGCGGAACGGGAGUCGGCUGGACAGGGAUACUAUUGAGGCUUGUGGGUCAGGGCUGGUGGUCAGCUGGGCUGAGGACAGUAUACUCGUAUCAUUCCGUGCAGCAGCAUGGGCGUGUGUGGGCAGAGGUUUGGAGCGUCACGCGGGCAUGGCUUGGUGGCUUGAUUGGUGGCUUCAAGUGGCUUGGCCGGGAAGGCCGAUGCUGCAGGCGGAUGAUGGGCAGCAGGGAUGUUGAUAACGAGCCAUGCAGCGGGGCGGCUCUGGGCUGGAGGGAGUGGAGCAGGCGGCUGUAGAAGCGUCGCCGUGGGCAUAACUUGCGGGUGCUGGCUUGGUACUUUGGUAAUCAGCUCGCUGGCGUGGGGAACUUGGGGGCUUGCGUAAUGUUCGUAGUUCGGGGGCGACGUUAGAAGCAGGGCCUGACAAUGGACGUGGGGGCCUUGCCGGCUUUGCCACGAGAGUGAGGCAGGGCGGGUAGGGGUGAUUGCGGGGCCACUGUUGUGCGAGCGGUGUGCAAGUCCCGGCACUGCGUAAGUGCGAAGGACUGAUGAGCGUAGAGUCACUCGAAACCCUGAAACCCAUGGCGUGUACAAAGUCUACG